AUGUUUGUGCUGAUUGAUUUGCACAGGCAGCCGUUACUGGACGCUUUACCAGCCUGUGGAUCUGAAAACUGCAUCCUGCUGCUGACCGACCUCAUGAGGAACGAAGAGCUGGAGGACGAGCACGCUCAGUCUGUCCUCACCACCAUUGCCCUGAUGCCUCAUCCAUCACCGCAAUCCUCGCCUCGGUCAAUGAGUUCAAUCUGUAACCAAAGUACUGCUUUAUUGGAGGUCCCAAAGGUGCGGUCCAGAGCCUUAUUAACCGGAUCAUCACUGGUCUAUCAGCUGUGUCACAGAUCCCAAACCUCCUGCAGUGAACUUCCACAGGUACAAACCUUCAUACAGAGUCUGGAGGAAACCCUGAAGGACGGCUGUGAAGAACAAGAGCCCACGCAAGUCAAAGAGCUUCUGUAUGCUCUGAAAUCAGUGGGAAACGCUGGUCUGUGGGCUGGGGCCUUCAUCCCUCUGUUAACCCGCUGUGCUGUCAGCCCGUCGGCGGCACUGGAGCUGAGACUGGCUGCCGUUCAAGCCUUCAGACGGAUUCCCUGCUCAGAUAACAGGUCUGUGCUGUUGCAGCUGUACCGCUCGUCCCAGGAGGAUCCGGAGGUCAGAACGGCUGCAUACCAGCAAAUCAUGCGCUGCCCAGACCAGGACCUGUUCCGAACGGUGAAGGAGACCCUGAGGAACGAGACCUCCAGCCAAGUGGGCUCAUACGUGUGGAGUCACCUGACCAACGUCCUGAGGAGUGAAGACCCAUGA